AUGCAUUUGCAGAAGAAUCCCAAACUUUUCUUGAUCCUGUUGUUGAGCCUUUGGGCGGUUAACUGCCUGGCCGAUGUUUCCCAUGUGAAACACCAUAAGCACCAUGGCCAUCACCGUUCCCAGGAGCACGAGGAUGAGGAGUCGCAUUAUCUGCCGCCAGAAGAGGAACAUGAACCCUUCUACAAGAAGGAGAAGCACACCAGCGAGCGAGUGGUCUAUCACAAGGAGGAGGAGCACGAGGAGCCGCACCACAAGGAACACCAUUAUGUGGAACACCACCACGAGGAGCCGAAGAAGCAGCGAGUGGACCACUAUCACCACUACGACAAGAAGCCGGAGGUGAAGACCCAGCACAUCCACUACAAGCACAGUGAGCCACAGGUCCGCACGGACUACACUCGGGAUCUGUUCACUCCGGCUCCCACACAGGUGGUGUACCGCCGUCGCCGACCCAGUCGCAUCCUGUACGCCAGUGCUCCCAAUUCGGUGUUCCACACCCACACCCAGAUCAACGUGCAGUCCCAGGACUCUGAGUUGAACUCGCUCUCCCGCCCCGAUUUUCCAGCAGGAGCUCAGGCUCCCACCGGGGCUCAGGCUCCCACUGGGGCUCAGUUGCCCACGGGAGUGGGUUUCCCGCCCAACUGCCAGGCGGUGGCUGGCAAUGUUCCGCCCGGCUGCGGUCCAUCUGAUCCUCUGGGAGCUCAGCUUCCAGCUAGUGCUCUGGCUCCCGGUGCCGGUAACUUCCCGGCAAACCAGCCUGCUCCCAUUCCCGCUGGCCAACUGGCUGUCCAGGGCAACGGUCAGCGACCUCCAUUCCAACCAGGCGGCUACGGAGGACACGGUGGCAAACGGAACAACUUCUUCUUCGAUCCCUCAUUGGGUGCCCAGCUGGGAGCUGUGGGAAAUGUUGCAGGAGGAGCUCAACUAGGCGCAGGUCAAGGAUUUGAUCCGUCCUUUGGAGCCCAGCUUCCAGCUGCUGCCGGUGCUCCAGUCAACCCUAACUUUGGUGCUGGCCAAGCACCAGUGGCCCAGAGACCAGUGGCUCCAGUUCAAGGUCCUGCUCCUGCUCCAGUAGCACCCCUGCAAAACCAGUACGAUCCAAGAUUGCAAUUUGGUGCUCCAUUGGAUCCCGCUUUGGGGGCUCAACUGGGAGCAGCUCAGGGCGUUCCCAACCAGCGACCCAAUCCAGCUAAUUCUCCUCUGGGAGCUCAGCUGGGAGCUCAGGCCAAUGUGGAUCCUAAUCAGGGUCUCUUCGACCCCUCGGUUGGUGCCCAACUGGCUGCGGGACAGGUGCCGCGCUUAAACAAUCGUCGUCUGCCGAGUCGAUCCAACUACCAGGGAUUGAAUGUACUCAACGGCAACGUGUUUGGACAGCCCCAUUUACAGGGACCCACAAAUGCCCUGGGCAACCAACAAGACACAAACAUCAUUGACGGCAACUUCUACAGUCACCCGCAUCAUGGUCAUCAUGGAGCUUUGGUGUCGGUCAAUCCCAACCAGCGAUCCGUCUUGGUGCCUGCUGACGAUGAUGUGGAUGAUGAGGUGGAGCCGGGUUUCCUAGGCUUCGCGGCCACAAACCAGAGAUCCACCUAUGUGGUGGCUCCCAAGAAACACCGAUCCCACAGGCGCAACUCGAAGAGCAGCAACCUGGACCAGGGAACUUCAGCUUCGGAGCACGACACCGAUUACCGCGAAGAUGGAUAUCACUACCAGAAGCCCAAGCACUCGUUUGAGUUUUGAAUUAAGUGAAAACUGAAUCCAUAAAUACUCUUAAUUAAAUUAUACUUAGCAGCAUUUGCUACAAGAGCAGUCAAAAAAAUGGCGUCUUAUUUAUAGUGCAUACUUUCAGGCAUUCCAAAAUGGAGUUCACUUCCGUUUCCGCCUUGAGUUUGCCUUGAGCUGCUUUCAAGUUUGUCGAAUAUUUUAUACUUUAGUUUAUGCCAAGCUUUCAGAAGUAAGCUCUUUGCAAACUUUACACUGGUCUACAUGGGAGUAAGAUCCACCUAUACUAUUUAAUAAUUUUAAAGGUUUGUUGGCCUCGUAAAUAAGAGAACUUCUGUAAAA